AUGGCGCAUCCAGGAUUUUUCAAGCUUAGCCUCGUCGGUCUCUACGGGGUCUCUCUGCUUGCACUGCAAACUGUCUGUGUGGAUGUGAGCUAUUCCUUCCCGGAGGAGAUUAAACCCGGUUCUGUCAUCGGGAACAUAGCCAAGGAUCUGGGAUUGGAGAUCCGCAGCCUGCCCCCUCGCAAGGCCCGUGUGGAUGCGGAAGGGAAUAGCGAACAAUACUGUGAUAUUAAUAUGAAAACUGGGGAUCUGAGGGUGGCCGAGCCGCUCGACAGAGAGGGUCUCUGCGGGAAGAAGACGUCGUGCAUUCUGAAGCAGGAGCUCAUUUUGGAGAACCCGCUGGAACUUCAUCGAAUAAUUCUUCACGUCGAGGACAUUAACGACAACGCUCCGCAGUUUAAAAGAGACGUGAUUCGACUGGAAAUACGCGAGUCCGCAGAUAAGGGCACCCGUUUCCUUAUAGAAGAGGCCAGUGACGCAGAUGUAGGUCAAAAUUCUGUCCAGAGGUACGAGCUGAAAAAGAGCCAAUAUUUCGGUCUGAAUGUUGACAGCAGCAGAGUUGAGCUCGUGCUGGAAAACGAGCUUGAUCGAGAGAGAGAGCGCGCUGUUAGUUUGACCCUUAGCGCUGUGGACGGGGGCACACCACGGAGAUCAGGUACCGUAGCGAUCCACGUCACUGUACUGGAUGCUAAUGAUAAUACCCCGGUGUUUGACAAGUCCGUCUAUAAAGCAAGUCUGCCCGAAAACUCUCCCAUAGAUACUGCUGUAGUCACGGUGACUGCCACUGAUGCAGACGAAGGUGUGAACGGGGACGUGACAUACGAGUUCGGGCUUGUGUCAGCAGAGGAUGAAAAGAUAUUUUUCAUAGAUGGCAAAACGGGGCAAAUUAGGUUAAUUGGGACUGUAGAUUUUGAGAGGAAAACGUCAUUCGAGCUGCCAGUCACGGCUAAAGACGGUUUAGGGCUGACCUCGUAUGCCAAAGUUAGCAUCAAUGUUAUUGAUGUGAAUGACAAUGCUCCUGUCGUACAUUUAAAAUCACUGCGUAACCCCAUACCAGAAAACGUAUCGCCUGGUACUGAGGUUGGCAUCAUUAACGUGCAGGAUCGAGAUUCUGAUAAUAACAGACAGGUCCGCUGCUCCAUUCAACAAGACGCUCCUUUUAAGUUGGUUCCUUCCAUCAAAAACUAUUAUUCUCUGGUGACCACUGCUGAACUAGACCGUGAACUAGUAUCUGAUUACAACAUCACAAUCACUGCUACUGAUGGGGGCUCUCCUCCUCUUUCCUCCUCUAAAAGUCUUCACUUAUCUGUAGCUGACGUCAACGACAACCCACCUGUGUUUGAGGAGCAGUCCUACAACGCCUAUGUGACUGAAAACAACAAACCUGGAUCUACUUUAUGUUCCGUUAGUGCCCUAGACCCAGACUGGAGACAAAACGGUACAGUGAUUUAUUCUAUUUUACCUGGAGAGGUGAACGGUGCCCCGGUGUCCUCCUAUCUCUCCGUUAACGGAGACACGGGGCUGAUCCACGCUGUCAGGUCGUUGGAUUAUGAACAGUUCAGGAGCUUUAAAGUUCACGUGAUGGCGCGAGACAACGGUUCUCCUCCACUCAGCAGCAACGUGACCGUCAGUGUCUUCAUAACAGAUGUGAAUGACAACUCUCCUCAGAUACUUUACCCCGCCCCGGAGGGACACUCCUUCAUGACUGAACUCGUCCCCAAAGCAGCUCACGGGGGCUCUCUGGUAUCCAAGGUGAUAGCGGUGGAUGCAGACUCCGGACAGAACGCCUGGCUGUCCUAUCAUAUAGUCAAAUCCACUGAUCCGGGACUUUUCACUAUUGGUCUGCACAGUGGAGAGAUCAGGACACAGCGGGACAUUUCUGAAUCUGACAACAUGAAACAGAAUCUUAUUGUGGCAGUGAAAGAUAACGGACAGCCCUCUCUGUCUGCCACCUGUUCCAUGUAUUUACUGAUUUCUGAUAACUUGGCUGAAGUGCCAGAACUGAAAGACAUGUCUUAUGAUGAGACUAACUCCAAACUGACCUCUUAUCUGAUCAUCGCGCUGGUGUCAGUCUCCACCUUUUUCCUGACCUUCAUUAUUGUCAUCCUGGGUGUGAGGUUUUGUCGCAGGAGAAAACCCAGACUGUUGUUUGAUGGAGCGGUGGCCAUCCCCAGUGCUUAUCUGCCCCCUAAUUACGCAGAAGUUGACGGAACAGGAACUUUACGCAGCACUUACAAUUAUGACGCUUAUCUGACAACGGGCUCUAGAACCAGUGACUUCAAGUUUGUGAGAUCUUACAAUGACAACACACUGCCUGCAGACCAGACUCUGAAGAAAAGUCCAACUGAUCUUUCCGAGGUAUUUGGAGAGUUCGACGAGUCUCCUGAGGUAAGCCCGUAA